UCGCUUUUUCAGCUUUGCUUUCUAUGAUUGUAUUCCAUUCGUUUGCUGUGCACUCCGAUAGCAUGGGAUCAGGGGCGCUGUUACUAUACAUGUCGUGUUUGUUGUUUUUUUUUUUCUUUUCUUGGGUGGGAGACAUUGCAUUUGUGCGCGUAUGGGUUUCUCUUUAAUACGUCCAGGAGCCCGUGUGGAUUUUCAUUGCCAACUUCGCUUGUUUCACUUGCCCUGUCGUCAUGUUUGCACUACCUUCAUACCCUGUGCCGUGUUGUUGCGUUAUCUAUUCAGAUGUUUUCCUAAUAGUUGCUUUCUCUGCCUUUCCUCCCUAUUGAGAGGGCGGGGGGUGGGGCUUCGAUUGCCUGUCCGUUCUUCUUCAUUCUUCUGUGCGUGCUAUUGUCUACAUGUGGGAAAUUGCCGAUCGUUUUGCUUGAUUAAACCUUUCAGCCCUUCGUUUGACCCCCUCAAUCACGCAGGAUGGGAGAAGGAUGCGUUGGCCGAGACCAGAAAGCCAGAAAUCACGGGAAUCCCGGAGGGAAAUCCUUUGUACUGGAUCUUGUUUGAGCUACCGACCACCCUCCCGUGUUGUGAUACAUUGUUUGCAGCCUUCAUCUGGACAACAGCUAAUCAUUGUGCGGGGCGUUUACCUGGGUACCUAUACACUUGAGAUACAUUUCUGGGACGUCAUCUAUCUGUCUUACUCUGAUCAUUGGGCAAGGGGUGUAUCCCAAGGCAUGUGUUGGCUGCUGCU